UUAUACUUAACAAAAGUAUAAAUAAGGUACAAACCAAACUGAAAUUAUAAACCGAUUGUUUUUUUAACAUUUAUUGCAUUGUGGGUAGAUAUAUGAAUAAUUCAAUCAUAUGAUAGUCCGAUCGCGAUGUAUAGGUAUGCAAUACAUAACUAUUUAAGGCAACGAACAUUAGAAGUGUGGUGAACAGCUGUAGCUAUAUAGAUACGAAUUCACGAAAAGCAAUGAACUAGAAAGGUGUUCACUUCAUUUGAGAGUUUUAAUAGUUGUACACCUGUGUCUGACAAUAUGUUACGUUCGUUAAUUACUGCAUAUUAAAGUGUAUCAUUUAAACGAAUUCUUUAUUUCUUUAGAACACUGGUAAUAUAAAAUAAGUACCUAAUUAGAUCGAUCAUGUUUGUUGAUGAUAAUUUGUUUUAAUAUAGUAGUUCAUAGUUUAAUUUCCACCGUCUGCAUAAAUAUUGUUUGGUGAUUAUUAUAGAUAGAAACUUAUAAUCAGCAAAAUGAAUGCAGCAAUGAAAUCUGAAAAUGCUUUUAAAGUUGUUCCUAUCAUUACAAAAGAUGAAAUUACCUUGAUUGAGUUUUUGCUACAAAACUUUAUCAGAGAUGAACCACUUAAUGCAUCUAUGGAGUUAAUAAAAGAGAAAGACAUCGCUAAGAAUUUUAAAAAUCGCAUAAGUGGAUUCUUCGAUAAUGGUUUGGCGUUUAAAGCAGUGUCCCCUGAUGGAGAUUUAAUAGGCGUCGUCCUAAAUAAUCUGACGUGCCGAGUAGAUGGCGAAAAAAAUAACGAAAGCGAAGAUGACAUAAAAGAUGACACCAAGUUUAAUAAUAUUACGGCAUUUUUAGAUAAAGUCGAGCGAGAAGCAGAUGUGUUCAAAAAAUAUCCAAACAUAGAUCGUGUAAUGGAAAUAAAAAUAAUUUCGGUGGAUGAAUCAUUUAGAGGCCAAGGAGUAUGCAAAGCUCUAAUUGAUAAGACAAUAGAGUUAGCGUUGGAAAAAGAAUGCCCCAUGGUUUAUGUGGAGUGCAGCAGUUAUUUUUCGGCCAAAGCAGCUGAGAGACUUGGUUUCGAGUGCAUAUAUACUUUGUACUUUCGAGACUAUUUGGAUGAAAAUGGUGAAGUCGUUUUUAAAACUCCGCCUCCUCACGACUCUUCAAAGGUAUUCAUAUUAAAUUUAUAAGAUCAACACCAAAUCCCAUUCAAACAUAGGUGAACAUAUUCAGCUGUAUUCCAAAAAUUGCCAUAAAUAGUAUAAAAUACCUAGUUUAAGCUUUUCGUGUAUACUUACUGUUAUUUAAAAAAAAAACUAUGUACCAUCUAUGAUCUGAAUACUCAAAACUAAAAUAUUUAUCUUUUUAA